AUGGGAGGAAAGACCUCAUUUAAUUCCGAACAAACCAAGGCAGUGGUAGAGAUUUUGAAAAAUAUUGAUUCUUUCAAACGAAGAGUUCCUGGCACAGAUGUAUCCAAGGAGUUUGGAAAUACCAGAAGCAAGAGCCAGUUGGUCGGACAGUACGGUAAUUUGACAAGAAAAGUUUCUAUUACCAAUAGAAAAGAUUUCUCUCAGGAAGAGAAUUUAAAGUUGGCUCAACUUUACUCCAAGUACAACGGUAAAUGGAAUGAUAUUGAAAAAGAAUUCAAUUCUGGAAUUGAUAAAGAGGACCAACGUACAAGUGAACAAUUAAGAAAUCAUCAUAAUUGUUUAUUUUUCGCAAAAACAAAAAAAGGUGCAUGGUCAAAAGAAGAGAAGGAGAGAUUAUGGGCUAUCGUGGCCAAACAUACCUUUAAUGGUAUUACACAUAUGCCAGCGGUAUCCAUUGUAAAUAGAUUGUCAAUUUCAUCCGAACAGAAAUUCUUUAUAAAAGAGCAAUAUGCCAAAGGCAUGGAACCUGAUGAAAUUCAUUCACUUAUUCAGAAUAAAUUUAAAACUGAUUUAGAGCUGAUAAAAGUUGUUAAUAUUUGUUCAAGGGUUUAUUGGAAUAUCGAUAGCGAUGAGGAUGAUUAUGGAGAUUCCCAAGAGAAUGACUCCGAUGAAGACAAUCUAUCUGAUGAGAGUGGAGAGGACCUGAAUUUGGGAUUUAUAGGUAAUGACCAAAACUUUAAUAGUAAUCACGGUGGCCAACAUAGUGAUAAUAAUAAUAAUGGUAAUAACCACUACAACGACAACAUCGAAAGCUACGACAAUGAACAUCACCCACACUCACAUUUUUCAACAACAACCACAACAACGACCAACAAUCUUAACAACACCUCUGAAACACCGAGAAGAGACAACCAAAUCAGACAAUUAAAAGACAUAUAA